AUGGCAACGAGGAAGAAGACAUUGGCAGCUGCGGUAGCGGCGGCUGCAGCAGCAUCACCUUCAAACACACCAAUCGCAUUGUCAAAGAGGAAGAAGAGGGCGACGCCAUCGACACCGGUGUUGGCCAAGGAUGAGAGCACAAGCAUGGACAUUGACACUGACGAAUCUGUGGUGAUUGAGCGAUCAGCACGUGGUGGAAAGAUGAUGUCCACUCAUUCAAUGUCCAAUGACACUCGUCUUCGUCGACUCUCAUCAAAGAAGAAGUCUCCAAACACUGGAUCAUCAUCUUCCCCAUCAUCAGCAUCCAAGAAGUCACCAUCAAAGAACAACAAGAAGGUCACGUCAUCGUCGACCGGCACUUCAUUGCUAUCAGAGUUCAAGGCGGCAAAGUCAUGGGACAGCGAGAAGGUGCGCAAUUGGGACAUACAGGAGGCACCGGUGUUCUAUCCAACUGUCGAGGAGUUUAGACACCCACUGGCAUACAUCGAGAAGAUCCGCCCAAUCGGCGAGAAGUACGGCAUCUGCAAGGUCGUCCCACCGUACAAGGCCCAGCCUAUCAUGACACAGAUCGAUCCCAAGACCUUCAAGUUCAAGACCAAGCUGCAGAACAUCCAUCAGCUCAAGACUCGUUGGUCCGGCCCCAGCGAAGUGUUUGUGGCCGAGUUGUGCUCCUUCCUGGAGGAGCGCGGCGAGUCGAUGCUCUCGUUCCCCCAGUACGACGGCCACGACCUUGACCUGUACCGUCUUUUUGUCGAGGUGAACAAGCGUGGCGGCUACUGGGACGUCACGCGAUCCAACGGUUGGCAGGAGAUACUCGUCCUGCUCAAGGUGUCGGACAAGUGCUACAAGCCCAUCCAGAUGCUCAAGCAGCACUACAACAAGUACCUCUAUGCGUACGAGCUGGCGCGCAAGGCGCAGUAUGACGAGCUGCUCAAGCAGCAUCCCAACAAACAGCAUCCAAGCAUGAUUGAGCAGGUGAUAUCAGAGUGCAUCCAGUAUGAUGAGAGCAAUGACGAUGAUGCAGACGACAUGGAAGACGACCAGGAGGACUUUGGCUUCUACGAGGGCAACACAUACUCGCUGGAGCACUUUGAGCAGCUGGCCUCCAACUUCUCGAUGCGUUGGUUCCCCAACGGCAACAACGACCCCGACUCGGUCGAGAGCGAGUUCUGGCGAAUCGUCGAGAACGGCGAUGAGAAUGUGCAGGUUCACUAUGGCAGCGAUCUUGACGUGCGCACUCACGGCAGCGGCUUCGAGCGCGUCAAGGACUUUGACCCCAACAACGAGGAGACACACCCCAAGGAGCAUUGGAACCUCAACACGUUGCCCAAGAUGAAGCGGUCCGUGUUCUCUCAUCUGACCGACCCAGUGUCGGGUGUCACUGACCCAAUGAUGUACGUUGGUAUGCUCUUCUCCUCGUUCUGUUGGCACAAUGAGGACAACUACCUCUACUCGAUCAACUACAUGCACACAGGCACAUACAAGACCUGGUAUGGCGUGGCUGGCGAUCAGUCCGAGGUGUUUGAGCGUGCCAUGCAAGAGUCCCUGCCUAAACUCUUUAGCAAGACGCCCAACCUCCUGUCCAUGCUUAUCACAAUGAUGUCGCCCGCUGCACUCAAAGAGUCCAAGGUGCCCGUGUGCAGGACGCUACAGAGCCCUGGCGACUUUAUCAUCACAUUCCCCCAGGCAUACCAUGCAGGCUUCUCGCAUGGCUUCACGGUGGCCGAGGCCGUGAACUUUGCCCCAGCCGACUGGCUGCCGUAUGGCGUCAAGUCCACCGAACACUACCAGGCGGUGCACAGGACAAACGUCUUUUGUCUUGAGCAGCUGAUGAUGGCGCUGUCCAAGCGCGCACCAUCGCCAGAGCUCAUCAAGUGGCUGCUGCCCUGUCUCGAGAAGAUAUACGCGAACGAGAAGACUGCCCGAGCGGCCCUGAUCGCCAAGGGCUGCGUGAACUGA